ACAAAAACGAUAAAUUUAGUGUGAUCUUCUUUUGGAUUGAGAAAACCUCAAUUUUUGGUUCAUCUCCUCAAUCCCUUCUCUCUCUCUCUUUCAAAAUGAAGUUUCUUCUCCAUUUUCCUCUUCUCAAAGGGAACAUUGGAUCAAAACAAAAACAAACAAUGUCACAAAAAGUCACAAUACUAGUAUUCUCAUCCUUGUUCGUAUUCCUUCUCACCACAAUCUCUUAUUCUUUGCUUAGUUACGAUUCAUUAUGGAAGAUCAACGAAUUCACGGGGCUAUCUAAUGAUUAUGGUUUGAAGAAUAAUGAGACACAGAGUCUGCAGAAUGAGACAGAAAGUUUGAAAAACCAGACAUGUUUUAGGAAUGAGACAGAAAGUUUGAAGAAUUUGAGAGAUAGGUUGAGGGAUGAGGCAGAAAAAAGGGCAUCAAAAGCUUUGGAGAAGUGUGAGAUUUUCAGUGGGGAAUGGGUGCCAAAUCCUGAAGCACCAUACUACACAAACACAACAUGUUGGGAAAUUCAUGAACACCAGAAUUGCAUGAAGUAUGGAAGACCAGAUUCUGAGUUCAUGAAGUGGAGAUGGAAGCCAAAUGAGUGUGAACUUCCCAUUUUCAACCCUUUUCAGUUUCUUGAAAUUAUGAGAGGAAAAUCAAUGGCUUUUGUUGGAGACUCCAUUGGCAGAAAUCACAUGCAGUCCAUGAUUUGUCUUCUAUCUAGGGCAGAGUGGCCCAUAGAUGUAUCAUACACAGAUGACUUUUCCUUCAAAAGAUGGCAGUACUCAAACUACAACUUCACAAUGGCUACAUUCUGGUCACCCUAUCUAGUUAGGGCUGAAAAUGUUGAUUCAAAGGGUGAUCUCAUCAACAUUUAUCUGGACGAGUUUGAUGAGAAAUGGACGGCAGAGAUUAAAGAGUUUGACUACGUGAUUAUCAAUGGAGGACAGUGGUUCUUGAGGCCAAUAGUGUUCUAUGAGAAGAAAAAAAUUGUUGGAUGUCAAUAUUGUCCCAGGGAAAAUGUGACUCAUUUGACAUGGCACAGUGGGUAUAGGAAGGCUUUUAGGACUGCAUAUAAAGCCAUCAUCAAUUUAGGAAACUCCAAGGUUGUAACGAUUCUUAGAACGUAUGCACCAUCUCAUUUUGAGAAUGGGGUGUGGGAUAAAGGUGGGAAUUGCAUAAGAACUACGCCAUUUAAGAGUAGUGAAACAAGGUUGGAGGGUUACAAUCUUGAGUUACACACAAUACAGGUGCAGGAGUUCAAACGUGCUGAGAAAAAAGGUGUGAAGAGAGGUUUGAAAUUCAUGUUACUUGACACCACACAGGCUAUGUUACUGAGGCCAGAUGGUCACCCCAAUAACUAUGGCCACUCGCCACACCAGAACUUAACUAAUGAUUGUGUGCAUUGGUGCUUGCCAGGACCUAUAGACACUUUGGCUGAUUUUCUAUUAGAAACGUUGAGAAGGGAAGGUCUUUCAUCUGUUCCUAAAAAAGACUUCAUCUAAAGACAAAAUUCUUAAUUAGAUUUACCAUUUAAUUUUUUUCUGUAAUUUAAUGUAUAAUCACAGGUUCUAUAGACUCAGUAGUGAUUUUCUACUAGAAAUGUUGAAAAUGGAAGUUGUUAUCUCUCAGGUAAAACGAGACUUCAUUUGUAAACAAAUUUGAUUGUUAGAUCUACCAAUUUUCUUCA